AUGGCUGUCUACAGGGGCAGCGUUCGACCCCACGGGGCUGCUGAACUUAAAAUAUGUGUCAUUGGAGAUGAAGACACGGUGGCGGGUUUCUUGAUGGCGGGGAUUGGCAUGAGAGACGGCAUGGGGAAAACGAACUUCCUGGUUGUUGACACAAAGACGAAGCGGCAAGACAUCGAAAGGGCCUUUCACGAUUUCACCCACCGCAGUGAUGUCGGAAUUGUCCUCAUUAAUCAACACGUGGCAGAUAACAUUCGCUAUUUGGUGGACCUCCACAGCCGAGUGGUUCCAACCAUUUUGGAAAUCCCCAGCAAAGACAGACCCUAUGACCCCAGCAAAGUAAACCCUAAACCCUAA